UUUAGCUAAACCUUUAUGUAAUGAGUAAAUGUAACAGGUUUACAAACCCUCUGUAAAAUAUGAUUGGCUUCACCAAUGUAGUUUGCUAAAUUUUAAGAAAAGUAACUCUGAGAAGAUAUGAAAAGACGGAGUCACAGUGCAAAGGAUGACUACACAAUUUUUCAAGAUGAUGUACACAAACGUAGAAAAAAUUGUGAUCCUAACAUUGUAAAAAAAUUAUUUCACAGACAAACAUUUAUUAACAGACCAAACACUCAUUUUCAUUACUCACGUUCUUUUAACUUAAAUAUUUUUCCGAAUUUUACUGUUAUAAAUGUAGAAAAACCACCAUGCUUUUUGCGAAAGUUUUCACCAGAUGGGCAUCAUUUAGUAGCUUUUUCUAGAGAUCAAAGUUCUGUUGAAAUUUAUGAGUUUCAAGGUCCAUGUGCUUCUAAUGAUUAUGUUUCUAAUGCUUGUAGUGGAAAUGAAGAUGGUUUGCUCAAGCUGAAAAGCUUAUCAUUUGAUCGUUUCUUCAAGCAAAAAGGUACUGUUACAGUUACCAGCUUUGGUGAACAAUUAAACCGUGAAUGUAGUUUAUUUACUGAUGAUGGAAAGUAUGUAAUUGUUGGAUCAGCAACAGCACUUGCUGAAGAUGUGCACCCUAUGUUUUAUGAUAUUUAUAGAAAUAAUGAAUCUAUUACUCCCAAUCAAAGAGCCCCUCUUGAAGAUUAUGCAAUACAUAUAAUAGACUUGUAUAAAGGUACCCUUCAAGACACUAGAACAUUCAAAUGUGAUAAAAUAUAUUUGUCUCAUAAUCAAGGUAUUUACUUAUAUAACGACAUACUUGCAGUAAUGUCUGUACAACACCAAACAAUUCAUAUAUUUCAAGUUACACCAAAAGGUCAUUUUAUUGAUGUGCGUGUUAUUGGUCGUUUUUGUUAUGACGACGAUCAAUAUACAAUAAACAGGUUACCUGAAAUACAAAAUUUACAACCAUACCGUGAUAAAUGCUUUAACAGUUUAAAACACCGUUUGCUUGUUUACUUAUAUAAUUUUUGUUCAAAAGAGGGUUCAAAAGAGUCUAUACGUAGGUAUUAUCAAUAUUUUGAUCAGUUUAAAAAUUUAAGAAUGUGGAAAAUGCAGCUCUUAGAUAAAGAACAUUUACUUAUAAGAUAUGCUAGCGAAGAGGUUGUGGCGAUGAAGGUUUCUGAUCCAAGCUCUCUACCUUCUUUUUAUGUUGUAUACAACAUGGUUUUCACUGAAAUUAUUGCAGUCUAUGAAAAUUCCUCUGAAUCAUUUUUAGAGGUGUUUGAACAAUUUAGUGAUUACUUUCGAAAUGCCAUUCCACAACAAAUGGUUCAAUUUACCUGUUCUACUUCAAGCAAUAUUCAUGCUCGAUACAAUCAAAGAAGGUUUAAAAGUACUAUAGUUAAUGCAAAAUAUGGAGGACCCAAAGAAGCAGUCAAAAAACUUUUAGCACAGCUCCCAAUUAGUGCUCAGUCAUACAGUAGUAGUCCAUAUCUUGAUUUGUCAUUAUUCAGUUAUGAUGAUAAAUGGAUUUCAGUAAUGGAGAGACCAAAAGCAUGUGGUGAUCAUCCAAUCAGAUUUUAUUCAAGAGACACAGGCUUGUUGAAGUACAAAAUCUUUGCUGGUGUGCAAGGCCGCAAUAUGACUCAAGUAGCUCGUAGACUUGUAGCAUUUACAUACCAUCCUUUUUAUCCAUUUGCAAUAUCAGUUCAACGCAACAAUAAUACUGACUAUGUAGUUAAUUUUCAUGUAAGAUAUUUUACAGGCUCUGCUUUAGAUCAUGUGUAGUUUACUUUUUAAAAACAACAGAAGUUAUUUUUAGUAGAAUUUAUUGUUGUUGAAUUUAUAGUUGAAAUACAAUGAAAUUAAAUUA